AUGGCGUCUCUUUCUUCCGUGCCGCCCUCGUCUCGGGUCAUUCCGCAUGAGCGAGUGCUGCAGUGUGUGUACGAGUUCCUGGACGAAAACGGCUAUCAGCAAGCCCUGCGUGCUCUGCAAGCGGAGUCGAAGGUACCGUAUAACGUCAUUCGUGUGAAGUCUGAUGGCACCGGCGGGCCAGCUGGUGCGGCCCAGGCAUCUCUCUCGGGGAAGCGGAGCAGUGCGAAGGGGUUUGCGGCGGCAUCGGAGCGCAACUUGGAAGAGGCAGUGAUGGAGGGCAGCUGGGCGGAAGUGCUGCACGUGUACGUGGACGGGCUCCUGCUUCCGGAGGAGAUCAAGGCAACACUGUACGAGGUUAUUCUUGAAGAGAUGGUGGAACUUCACGGUCUCGCACCGGCAGCCCGCUCGCUGCUGUUGAACGCGCCGGUCUUCCAGCUCAUGAAGGUGGACGCUCCAGCGCGCUACAUCCGCCUCGAAAAGAUGGUUGAGCACGGGCAGCGCACCAUGUGCGAGGGCACCCUCAGCAACGCAGCCACCCGCCAUAUCACGCCGGAAAUGCUUCACAGAAGAACGACUCUGCUUCAGCAACUGAAGACAGCGAUCCGCUUCACGUCGGAGGCCCCGAUCGGACGCUUGGCGGCUGCCCUGGCCCGUGCUGCCGCUGCUGACUUCGGCGGGGUGGACAGCCGUGAACACAAGGCCGACUCCUCGUCCGUAGCGCCCCCUCCGAACGGCGGGCCAAGGUCGUCGGCUGAGGCCACGAGCGUGGCAGCAAGAUCGCGCAAACGCGAUCGGGAGUCGGUGCUGCCCGGCGACGCCGCGUGGGCCGAUACCUUUCUUCAGUACCCUCUUGCAGCGCCGAAGGAAAUACGGCGGCGGUUGCCGUACGCCGGUGAGCGCGCCGCGUGCUGCUGUGCCCCACUGUUGAGUGCAAGCGAGGAGCUGCUCAUAGUUGGCUGUGCCAGCGGCGCAGUCGAGUUCGUUAGCGUGAAGGCAGGCGAAAGCAUCGGUAACCCGCUGCGGCACUCGGACGGAGUGCUGUGCAUGACGCGGGACACCACGGACAGGGCGGCGCCGGCGCCAGACUGGCUCGCCGUCGGCUAUCGCGAUGGGUGGGUGAAGGUGUACAACAUUGACAGUCGCAAGUUGGUGCGCCGCUUCGAGAAGGCGCAUGCGAUGGGCAUCACGGCGGUCUUCUUUUCUGGCCCGCGAAACACGGCAUCCCUGUUCGGCCACCGCUCCUUCAUUGUAACAGGCUCCUUCGAUGGCGGUGUUAAAGUGCUCGACAUCGCGGCUGGGGCCGUGGUGCAGACGGUUGCUAACUGCCAUGCCAGCGCGUUUGUGCACGCGUUGCUUCCACUGGAGAGCCGAGGCGCUGUCGUCGACACACUGCGGUACUGCUUCCUUAGCAGCGGCAAUGACGGAACUGUGUCUAUAUGGCGCCUGGAGGACAGGCGGGAGGAAGGGGCGGAGGUCGCCGGUAGGGUGGAAGUACUGCGGGUGCAGGGGGCCGUUCCCCUUGGGCAGGUUCACCACGAACUGCGCGACGCCGUCCCUUCCCAGCUCUAUGCACUCCCGUAUGUCGAGGAUGCGACGCAUGGCGCAACUGCAACGAGCGACUCCACUAGUCUCCCCGCAGCGACGACGCAAGACGCACUUGUGCUCACUCGCGCCGGCAAGGCAUGUAUCGUCCGCGUCACUGUAACGGACGACGGCAACCGCUACUUCUGCGCCUUUCUUCAGGCGCUGUGCAUCGUCGCGACCGCACAGCCGCUGCGCUCUGCGUUUCCGCACGUGCACACGGUUGUCUCCAUGUCUGUUCCACUGCUCACCCUUUACGCCGCCGACUGCGAAGGCACCGUCAGUCUGCACAACAUCGAGAUGAAGUGGUACAACGACGAGCAGUGGUCUGAGUUUGGCGGUUGCAUGCGAGUAAGCAGCGCGGCUGAUCAAAGCGCCCUGGUGAUUGUGGAGGCGGGGAAGCCCCUAAAAGACCUGCAGCUGACGUGCAUCUGGUCGCCGACACAGCACCAGCCAUCAAGUGUAGUAGCCUACAGCGCGUCUCUGCCAGCCAUCUACGACAUGCGCUAG